AAGUAAGAAGGUUUGAAUGGGGUAGAAAGGGGGACAAAACAAAAAGAGCCAAAAAAAGUCAACGAGAAGAAGAUGCAACGGAGGAUCAAUGAGAUAGAAGAAGAAGAAGAAGAAGAAGAAGAAGAAGAAGAAGGAUAUGGAAGGACAAGCCUGGAGACUGUGCGAGAGUCAUUUGAAGGAAGCAGUGGAACAGUGUCUUUGAGCGGAGAAGACAACGUAUAUGUUGGAGUUGGUAAAGGAGACUCAAGCAUGGGAGCAUUGCGUUGGGCUCUUGACAAUCUCAUCCCUUCUUCUUCUACUCUUCUUUUCCUCAUCCAUGUCUUCCCUGAGACUCACUUCAUCCCUUACCCUUUGGGGAGGCUGGCGAAGGAGCAAGCUAGUCAGGAACAACUUGAUGCUUUUAUGUCUCAGGAAAGAGAGAAGAGGAGAACUCUGUUGAACAAGUUUAUUCAAACCUGCUCUGCUUCUAAGGUGAAGGUAGAGACAAUACUGGUAGAGAGUGACUCGGUGGCAAAGGCUAUACAAGACCUCACUACCAUUCUUAACAUUAAGAAGCUUGUUCUUGGGAUCGACAAGUCUAAUGCAAGGAAAGCAAAGUCACUAAAAGGAAACAGUGUUGCGGAACAGAUAAUGAGAAGCUCCGCAGCAGAAACAUGUGAGGUCAAAGUCAUAUGCCAAGGAAAAGAGAUAGAGAUAGAAAAGCCGGCAACGGAUAGAAGCCCCUCCAAGCCCUCAAUACAGCUGCAGCCGAAGAAAGAUCAAUCCAGUGACUCUUUUGCUUGGUUUUGCUUAAGUAAGCCCAAAACAAUCAGUUAAUGGAAUGAGAAACCAAGAUGCAGAUGUAAUACAUUUAUUUGUUAUGUUCUGUGUUUGGGUAGA